CGUAAUAAGGAUAUGAUAUUCAGGUAAACCAAACAGACCGUGGAGACUCUGAUCCCGCGCUUAUUCGAAGGCGGAAACAACCAAACACGGUGGCAGAGCCGAACCCAAUAAUGGACCCUAUAAUCCUUUCGGAUGAAGAAGAAGACCCCUCAACGCCGUUCCCCUUCCGUUCAAAGAAACGCCGAACCGAACCGGACCCAAACCGCACCGUUUUGGUCAUCGAAGAUGACCCAACCCCUCAAAAAUCCGUCACACCUUCUAUCGUUCCCGAGACUCCAAUGUCGGCGCUAUUCGGUUCCGAGGUCGCAAUCGUCAAAUGCACCAUGCCUUCCGAUCCCACCGCUAGGGUUUCGCCUAACAAAUUCUCCGGGAUUAGUCAAAUGAUAUGUUUGGAGUCGGAUAAUGAGUCCGAACACUGUGGAAUGGACAAACGGGAUGAGACUGAACCGAGAGAUUCUGGAGGUAUUUCGAAUUCAAUGGGGUCUGGAAAUUCUCCUGGUGUGUUCUUCGAAUCAGAUAACACGUUGGGAAAUUAUGGAAUGGACAAACGGGAUGAGAAUGAGGCUAGAGAUUCAAGAUGGACUUCAAAUUCAGUGGCAUCUGGAAGUUGUCUACAUGUAUGUUUGGAAUCGGAUAACGAGUUAGAAAAUUGUCGAGCAGGUGAAUGGGAUGAAAAUGAACCAAAAGAAUCAAUAUGGAAUUCAAAAUCGUUGGGGUCCGGAAGUUCUCCAGGUAUAUGUUUGGAAUCGGAUAAUGAGUUAGAAAAUUUUGGAAUGGGCAAACGAAAUACGAAUGAAGCAAGGGAUUCACGAUGGACUUCACAUUCAAUGGGGUCCGGAAGUUCUCCUGAGAGGCACAUUUCACAUGAAAAUGCUGCUCUAACUGAAAUGCUUGCGAACAACCUUUCAAAUCCAACUUCUUUACGAGUGGAAAAUAUGGACGUGGAGAAGGAGAACACCAAAAAUAUGAAAAAGUCCAAAGUUCCUUCAAAGAACACAACCAAGGCAGCGGGGAAAACAAAAAUGACAAAAGAAGAAAGAAGUCGCCUCAUGGAGGAAAAGAAACUACAGAAAGAACAAGAGAAGUUAAAAAAAGCUGCUCUAAAGGCUGAAGCUGCUGAACUGAAAAAAAUUGAAAAAGAAAAGCAAAAAUGGGAAAAGGGGAAGUUUGCAAUAAAAUCCAUUGUGGCAGAAAUUGAUGCAAAGGUAGUUGAAGCAGGUUCGAUUGGAGGACAUCUGCUUACUAGGUUUGCUGAAAAAGGGCUUACAUACCAUAUUACAUCAAAUCCAAUCUCAGGGUCCAUUUUGUGGACUAUGAAAGUUCCUGAACAAAUUUCACAGCUUUCUACUGAAAAAAUUGAGAUUCCAUAUGUCCUGCUCAUUUAUGAGGCUGACAAAUUUUGUAAUCUCGUCACGAAUGAUUCUCUUUUUGAUCAACUCUCUAGCAUUCGAAGUCUUUAUCCGUCUUAUACAGUUUGUUACCUCACCAAUAGGUUAUUGGCUUACAUUAAUAAAAGGGAACAGGAUAAAUAUAAGAACCCUGAAAACAAUAGUUGUUGGAGACGUCCACCUAUCGAGGAGGUUCUGGCAAAACUAACGACUAAUUUCAACAAAGUACAUUCCAGGCAGUGUGUAGAUGAGGCUGAACUGGCUGAACAUGUUGUUGGUUUGACAUGCAGUUUGGCAUCAUGUCAGUUCAGAAAGAAGUUAACCCGGUUAUCUGUAUAUGCAAAUGGAGCCCUUAUUCCAAAGGACUGUGUUGACCGAAAUUUAAUAAAGAAAUCUUUGUGGUUAAAAGGUUUGGUUUCUAUCCCCAAGGUUCAGCCACGAUUUGCUAUUGCUAUCUGGAAGAAAUACCCAACCAUGAAGUCGCUCUUAAGUGUUUAUAUGGAUCCUAGUAAAUCGGAACAUGAGAAGGAAUUUUUACUUAAAGACUUGAUGACAGAAGGUUUGGUUGGUGGUGACCGAAGGCUAGGUGAGGUUUGUUCAAAGAGGGUAUAUAGAAUUCUAAUGGCGCAAAGUGGAUCCAUUAGAACCGAUGAUGUCGAGAAUGGUGCCGAUUUCUUUGAACGUCAAUUAUGAAGAGCUUUCCCUUGUAUGUUAACUCUCUCUAACAAAGGCUGUCUAAUGUGAAUAUGAAACGUGUCAACCUUUUAGAUCUUUAAUAGAUUUUUACAUUUAUAAGAAACUUAAAUAUAUUAUUAAUAUUUAUAUUAGUGAUAAAUUAUGUGACA